CACAGGAAAUGUGUUCCUAACAAUAGGCUAAUGGGAAAGCAGAGAGCUCACCUGGAGAUGAGAGCCACACACAGCCUUAUGGUAGUUACAGGCAAGUAUGGAAUUAUUUAUUAUAUAUUUAUAUUGUAUUGGAAAUGGGCAGGCAUUUUAAUAUGAGUCAAUGCUCUCCAUGAUGUGACAUUUCACUGUAAAUCCUUGGAUAAUCUGUAAAUCCAUUUAUGUUGAGUGACAACAUUGCUCCCUCAAGUAUAAAUGUAAUUUUUAAAAUCCACACGUACAUACGUCAGCGCUUUACAAUUUUUCAGAAGGGAUAUAAACCGUCAAAUAAUUGGCAAACAAGUUAAGUUAAAAUGAAACAAGGAGAAGCAAAUAUAACAAUUCACUCCAGUGUUGCAUUACCCUGGUGUACGUACACAAAUAAUAUAUAAUAAAUAAAGACUUAAAGGAUGGAGGCGUAGGCUAAAACAAUAGGCUCCUCUUUCAUUUCUGAGUGUUUCCAAUGUAUAAUUCAUGUGUUCAGAUUGUUCCAUAACAUGUAUGUAGGACAGGGAAUGCAUGUGCAUGUUUUCUGGUAGAGAACUGGAAGUUUGCAAGACAUGGACCACAUGUAUUUGCUUUGUUUGAGCAAUGGGCACUAUGACAGGUUUACAUCUAAGCACCAAAACAACUUAGCUGAAUAAGGUGGUUUUGGUGUGUAGAGGCUAGAGCAUGCAUGCGUCUGCAGUUUCACUGCUCAAGUCAUUGCCAUUUAUGAUUUAGUUCACAGUCAGAUUUAUUCACUAUAUAUAUAUAUAUAUAUAUAUAGCAAAAAAACAUCUGCUUGGCACUCUCCUUACUCCAAAAUGGGUAAAAAAACAAAAUAUUUUUUGCCUAGGUGCAACCCGCGUUAUAAAUAUAUGUAAGCAGACAGGGGUGCACUCACAGGUCUUGAACAAGAACGACAAUCAAAUUCUUUAAGGUGAAAAAAUCUUCAUUAUAUCCGUGAACAAAUCGACGUUUCGACCCCUAAGGGUCUUUUUCAAGAUCACGGUGAUCUUGAAAAAGACCCUUAGGGGUCGAAACGUCGAUUUGUUCACGGAUAUAAUGAAGAUUUUUUCACCUUAAAGAAUUUGAUUGUCGUUCUUGUUCAAGACCUGUGAGUGCACCCCUGUCUGCUUACAUAUAUAUAUAUAUAUAUAUAUAUAUAUAUAUAUAUAUAUAUAUAAUGUGAAACGCAUUCAGAACCCGCUUAGGGUGAUAUUCCUAGCCUUUAUUACUUCUCACACCCCUUUUACUGAAAGGCUAAGAACGUUAAGAGCAGUGGUGACUGAGCAGGGAUGGGUUUUCAGUGCAGAUAUUUAAGUACUGCAUUUCUGAAGGUGUUAUCAGAAGUGUUUGCUGACCAUCGUUAGAAAUGUAGUUCAGAGAGCUCUGAAGUGCCAAUGCUAUUCAUCGUGGUUCCAUGAUUUAAAUUUUUUAACUUUUAUUAUGUUUUGUUUUAGUUCCAUAGACUUAACAUGGCAGCAGUCAGCUUUGAAGAGUUUUCUGUCCCUCCUGGCUCUGAGCUGGCUCUUCCACCACUAUUUGGGGGGAAUAUCUUGGAAAGCGAGCUAGAAACCGAGGUAGAAUUUGUUGAUGGAGGUCUCAGCGGAGAUAACCAUCAGGAAGAGGAGGAAGAAGAAGCUCAAUUGAGAUUGAAAGAGCUCAACAAGCGGAAGUUCCUUGCCCUAAGUCGACGGUGCAAAGAAAUUGAACAGGUUUGCACAGCAGAUAUAUAUCUAUAGUUUUAGUGUUACAAAAAAAAACAAGUUUAAAGCAAAAUUACUUGCAGAUAAAUAAUUCCCAAUGAAAGAUCUGACAGUUUUUUUGUGUGGAUGUAUAUGUUAAGGGAUGCCAAUUUGUAAUACUUCAAACAGAAUGUGUUAGUUAUUGAUUUAAGCAAUAGCUGCUGAGAACAUGUGAUAUGAUUGGCUAAGCAGAACCUAAGACUCAGGAAGAGAAGCCAAGUCGCUCCUAGUAUUUCUCUGUGCGGGGAAGAGAACAUUUUUGUUUCAUCUGCCUUGUGAUGUGAAUGCAACUUGUGCCAUGAGGAUGUCCUCUUUAUCCGUCGCAAAUAUAGGUAGGUCUUCUGAUAUGUAUGGUAGUGAAAAGAUUUAUAUUAAUGACAGAGCCACUAUUGUUUCCUAAAGAAAAAAAAAUUGUUCUGUAAUAAACUCGCAUGUAAAAGUCUAAUUUGAUAUAUCGUGUUUCAUUCCAGGUAAACGAAAGAAUCCUCAACAGGCUCCACGAAGUUCAAAAAAUAACGCGAAGGCUUAAACGAGAAAGGAGGUAAUGGAAUUCUGAACUGUAAUAAAAUUCUUUGUGCAGUCCUCUCAAAGAAAUGUUAAAUGUUUUAACACCGAUAAAAGAGAUAAUCAUGUAAUUUCUACUCCAAGAAAAACAUAUGGAAAUAAAUGCAUAUAUCUUGUCAUGUAUAUUAACACGCGUUUUUGUUUUAGAUGUCUGAUGAAAGUCUUGGACUCCUACGGAGAUGAUUAUAGAAAUAGCCAUCUUACUUUUUUACUUGAGGUAUGCCACAUUAUAAUACAAUCAGCCCUUUUUCUCAGUACAGUCAGGUUUGUAUUGCCACCGUGCAGUGACUGCUCUAUGUAUUUGUGCUAGGGCAAAAUGGAGAGAACUGAUGCUUCUGAAUCAGAUAGUUUAUAAUCCGAAAUGUUAACAAUACCAGAUUUCUCUUGCCAUUUCUCUUUCUCUGCCAGAUGUUUGUGAUAAUCCUGCUGGAGUCUGAUUUAGUUUAUUAUUUUUCUUCUUAAAAAGGUCCUGUUGUUGCUUUUUGUAAAUUUGGUGUAGAUCAUGUUCUAGUUGUUAAGCAAUAUUUGUAUUAUACUCACGUAGAUUUUGGAGUAGAUAUUGUAUUAUAUUUUUUGUUGUAGAGCUGGUGGAUGAGAUGGUUCCUUUGUUACUCACUAGUGUGUUUACACAGGUUUUAAGCAUACUGCUAUUUGCGCAUAGUAUGUCGUAGAAAGUGUAUGUCGUCGUUGAGCUGUACUUCUUUUGUGGUCAUCUUGUAGAUUUGCUUUUUUAGGCGGCUGUAUGUGGUAUCUUCCAUAGUGUUCAAAUAGAGAUUGUAGCCGUAUUAGUCCAGUGAUGAAGAUGUAAAAACCAGAUAAAAUUCGUAUUUUGAAAUACCUUUUUUAUUGGACUAAGAUAAUUUUUUAAUGACAAGCUUUCAAGAGAACAUCCUUUUUCAAGUCUGAAGCAUUUCUGAGCAAGACGACACAUAGGAUUCAACGUUGAGUUGGGAUACAGGAGUUAGUGACAUGAGUGCAGAUAAGACACAGGUUUGAUAGAAAAUAGACACCAUUCUUGCAGAAGGUCAUAAAUAUCACUCUGAUCUCACCAGGAUUUAGGCCAGGAUACUCCCGGCAUCAUAAUAAUAAUAAUAAUAAUAAUAAUAAUAAUAGUUAUUAUUAUUAUUAUUAUAUUAUAUAUUUUUAUAUAGUGCCAACAAAUUCCUUAGCGCUUUACAUAAUGAUAUAAUGACUACAGCAGACUGUUAUGGUUAUGGUUAUUGGCGUAAUCCUUUAAUGGCGGAAUUGUACAUGGAAAGUGUUUCCUUAUUGUGAAGGAUAAAAUCAUGCCAAUUGUUUUAUCCCCGUCACAUGAAUGAAAAUUGGCCUGAUUUUUAUUAAGCCAUGCACUCACAUGAUUGUCUACCUGUUAAGAAGGAUGAAAACAAGGCAAUGGAAUUUUGCAUGAAACGUGACUCCACAAUGUUAUGCAUUAGUCGUUGAGAAAGAUAAAAGAAUGGCAAUGGUUUAUUUGUCCUAUUAUAGCAAUUCAUUUUUCAUUUAUUGCAAAUGACAGCAAAGUACUUGGAUUAUUCACUAAAUUGCAUAUUUUAGAGCCAUAAUUAAUUUAAAUAUUUCCUUAUUCCAUCUAUUUACUUAUUGAGUACUGAAUUAACGUUGAGAAUUCAAUUAUACCUUUACAAAAAAUCCUACUCUUGCAGGAGGAAGGGGCCCAUCAGUCCAACACACCAAAUCCUGAGGAUUCUGAGAAUGAACACCAAGAAAACGAUGAGCUCACCAUUGGUCAGAGAUGUUUAUCAGGCCAAUCACUUGGUCUGGAGACUGCUAGCCCUGAAAGUCCAUCUCUUACAGAAGGACCCCCAGCCAAAAAGAGAAAGAAGCAGAAGGAAGACAAAGUGCACAUUGUCAAAAAGCUCUCCCCUUCUCUCCUUCCUUCAGAACCACUGCUGGCCCAGGUAUACCAAGAUAAUUUUUUAUAUGAUACAUGUUCCACAGAGUCCAAUUGGUAUUGACUGUCAUGAACUUUAAUUUGAUUAAAGAUGUCCUUAAAGGGAUACUCCAAGCACCAUGACCAUUUCAGCGAUUUGAAGUGGUCAAGGUGCCUGAAGACAAUAUAUACAUCGUUUCUCUCUGGCAGCAUCUUAAGGUGUCAUCGGCUAGCCUGGAAGUAAAGUCUGUGCUGGCUAAUAUCAAUUCUGUGCAAUCUUUGUUUGUUUAUUUUGUCAUUCAUGGCUCAGCUAAAACUCUCUGCCAACAUUUUCGGCUUUGGGCUGUUGCUCACCAUAGAAGAGAUUGUGAGCCCAGUGGGUACUUGGAUAAAGGGACAAACCUUUACUGAAUGGUUUUUCCCAUUACUGGAGAACUAGGCCAGGGAACCCCUGGUAUCAUGACCACUGCAGAGGGCUGUAGUGGCUAUAAGGCUUGGAAAAACCCUUUAACAAGUACCUACCAGUAUUAGCGAGUGAUGCUGAAUUACAACAUCUGGUCAAGGAAGGGUCCAGGUUGUAGCGAGGCAGCCAUCUUCUUUGGGCUCUCUAUUGUCUCGAUCUUUUUUCGAUAAAGUAAUGUAUAUAGUAAUUUGAAUUGUCUACACAAGCCACAUAAUUACACGUGCGGCACACAUCCAUGUGUUACAUGUAAAAACAUCUAUAUAUCUCUAAGAAUGGAGUUUUAAUCUACUGUUAUGGGAAAAGUUUUUAGUUUUUGUUUUGUAUUUUGAAAAUCACUACAUUAUUAACUGUAAUACUACUCAUGUAAAUUACUUACAUGCACCUUGUAUAGUAAACAAUAUGUGGGACUAACCACACGGAAGCUUAAAUGGACACUAUAGGCACCCAGAGAACUUCAUUUUAUUGAAAUGGCCUGGGUGCAAUGUCCCUGUCCUCUUAACCCUGCAAUUUAGAACAUUGAAGUUUCUCGUUUACAUUGCAGGGGUAAGACAACCUUUAGUGGCUGUCUUUUAGGUGCUUCAUGAAGUUUAAGUCUGCGAAUCAACAUUGGGCAUUCACUUGCAUUGCAUGAGGAUGUCCUGCAUCUUCAAACUCCCUAUAGGAAAGCAGUGAUUCAAUGCUUUCCUAUGGGAGGCUCUAAUGCUUGCAUGGCUCUCACCGCAGAUGUCCACUAUGUUCACCCAUCUGCGAGAUGCCGCUGGAGGGGACCGAGCCAGUGCCAAAUGAUCUCAGCGCUGGAAAGCGCUAAGGAAAAGAAAGGUUUUUUUUUUUUUACCCUUUAUAUGGGGGACGGGGCUAAAAAAAAAUGGAUGGAUAAAAUGGAUACAGUUUUUUAUUCCUAGCGCUAUAAUGUUCCUUUAAAGAUAGGAUGUGAGAACACAUUAGAUCAGUUUUGGAUGAUGAUAAGGAUAGUCCCACAACUGUAGCAAGGAAUGUGUACAUUUUCUAACUUGAAUCAUCUUAAAAUUUAAGUUGUACAUAGAGAAAUUGUAAAAGGUAGUUGGGGCGAUUUUUUUAUAUAUAUAUAUAUAUAAUAUAAAAAAAUUUUUUUUUUUUUUUUAUAUAUAAACUUUUAUCUAUUUAGAGGCUAAAUGGAUUUUCCAUUUACUGACUAGGGUAUCAUUAGAUCUAAACCUCGUAUAUAAUGUGAUUUGUAUUGUGUAGCAUAAGGGUAUUUUAAGUUUAUAGAUUGAGCAGUUAUUUAUUGGAGUGUCUCUUUUUUUUUAGUGAUUAUUAAGGGUCAAUCCGGGAGAGGAUUUAGUACUAAUAGGGGGUUAAUCUAUAAAGGGAUGUCUUCACUAUAUAAGACGCUAUCUGUGUGUGGUCUGCCUAUGAAUAAAUGCUCUUGCAGCAUGGAAUGUGUUGGGAGUGGGCGAAAGACCAGGGUGCUGUUUUUUUUUUUUAUAUAUAUAUAUAUAUAUAUAUAUAUAUAUAUAUAUAUUAUUUAUUUUUAUUUAUUUUAUUUUUUUUACUAUAUCAUACUAUGAAGGCUUUGUCCUUUUUUUAAUAAGUCCGUGUGUAGGAACCACAUGCUGCUGAAGAUCUAAAACUCCCAUAGUGCUUUGCUAAUCAACACUAGUUACAGUGAAAUGACAUUAGGGCAGCUACCCCCUGAUGUAACACAAAAAGAUGUGUACAGCCAUCACACUGGAUUAUGGUUAUAGAAAACCCUCUUUAAAGGAACACUAUAGUCACCAGAAAAACUACAGCUUAUUGUAUUUCUUCUGGUGAGUAGAAUCAUUACCUUCAGGCUUUUUGCUGUAAACACUGUCUUUUCAGAGAAAAUGCAGUGUUUAUAUUACAGCCUACUGAUAACUCCACUGGCCAUUCCUUAGAUGGCUUCUAGAGCUGCUUCCUAUCUCAGUCUUGCCUAGUGUGCAUCACAACAUUCAGUAUCUCCAUCCUCUGCAUGCAGACACGGAACUUUCCUCAUAGAGAUUCAUUGAUUUCAUUAAUCUCUAUGAGGAGAUGCUGAUUGGCCAGGGCUGUGUUUGACUUCUGCUGGCUCUCCCCUGAUCUGCCUCCUUGACAGGCUCAGCCAAUCUUAUGGGGAAGCACUGUGAUUGGCUCAGUACAACACUUCUUAAGAUGUCAGCAGACAGCUUGCAGGUCUGAGGCAGAAAGGGCAGAGCCAGCAGCUUCAGGCUUGAAUACAAGUAAGAUUUUACUAUAUUUAGUGAGGCAAGUGAGGGACAGGGGGGCUAAAUGGUGGCUUUAACACUAUAGGGUCAGAAAUAUGUUUUUGUUCCUGACCCAAUAGUGCUCCUUUAAGGAACACUCCAGACAGUCAAAGCACUCAGACAGCCAGGCAGGUCUUCAUCCAAUUCUGUUGGAUCGACAGAACUAACCGAUGCUGCAGACUUGCCGGGCUAGAAAUCUGCCUUUUAUCUUUGAUGUGUGAGAAGCCUCUGACUGGUCAUUUCACUGGCACAGACUAAACGUUUUUGUUAUGGAAAUGCUUUAAUUAUAUGAAAUUAAAUUGUAUAUUAAAAUUUUAUUUUUCCUUGUAUAUGUAAUUUUUUUUCUGUUUAUUCUAUCUAGCAAUUUAUUUAUUUUUUACAAAUUUAGCAGUCCAUUUAAAAGUGACUAUCAAAAUCAUGCCUUUUCACUGUUAUCCGGUUUUAGAAAUGUGACAAACAAGCAGUACAGUCACCCCCAGCAGUUUUUGGUUUUACAGUUAUUUAUUUUCAUUUUUCUAGGUGAAGAUUGAAGAGGACUAUCUGUGUGAGGGGGAUGAGGAGCUUCCACUCAGCUGGCAACCUCUCAGCCCACGUGACAAGAUUCUCCAAUACACAAAGUUUUCCAGCCCUGGAACUUGCCCGGACUUUGACUGACGCUCCAGAUAUUAGGCGAUUCAUAUUUUGUAUGUUGGAAAGAUUGAAUAUGAAUUUGAGUAUUGUUCGGUGAACAGGAUAUUAAAGGGGCACACAGUGUGCAGUAGUUAUGGUGUUUGGAGUCUUAAAAAGUGAAUUACUGUGAAUGUCCUCAUUUUGCAGAUUUUAGCAGAGACAAAGCUCAACAUUCAGAUCACUUGGCAUAAUACUGGAAAUUACAGUACUAUCCCAGCCAAUCCCUGGCCUCCAUUUCACUUUCAUGAGAGAAUUAGUGACUUGAUGCAUAUGUGACACACAAAUGCACGCUUACUAGGUUCAAAUGCAAGUCUACUGCAAAGCUCCAUAUAUUGCAGUAAAGGAAGUGUAAACAUUACAUGACUCCUUACAGGAAGUGUUUAUGAAGGUUAUGUAAGUAACAUGCAGUGAGGUGUGACUAGGGCUGCAUAAACAAAGUGAUUUAACUCCUAAAUGACAGAGAACUGACCAGUGAGACUGCAGGGGCACGAUCCAUACACCUGAACUACUUCAUUAAGCUAAAGCUGUUUUGGUGACUAAUGUCCCUUUAACUCUCUGGUGAAAUGAAAAAAAUAUAUCUACUUGGUUUUAUAAUGAGAGGAUGUCUCAAUGUGUCACAAAAUGCCUAGAUUAAAUUUAUGCACAAGCAGCGCCCAUCUUUUCUGGAGCAGAUUAAGAGAUUAUGCCCUGUGGUAAAUUACAAUACCUCCAAUAAUCAGGAUGGUAGUAAUAGAGGAAUGUCAAUGUUAAAUCAGUCUGCAUGCAAAGAUCCACUUUUGCUAGCAUAGGACAAUUGUGUACUCUGUCAUUCAAUGAAAAGUUUUGUGUACGUGUUUUUUUGUUAUACAUUGUUUUGAGUUUCAUGGAAUUUCUUGUUGUUUAUUCACUAUUGUGAACAUAUAUUAAGAGUAUUAAUGAAGUUACACCUACUUUAAUUAUAAAAACUGAGCUGGCAUUGAUAGUAUUGAGCAACAAUAGCAUCAACUAAUGCCCUACUGUACAGGUGUAUAUUUUCACAAGCUAAUAAAAUCUUUGAAUAUUUAGAGUUGCUUUACAUAAUGACUUUUGGUUCGGCUACAUCAUUUUUAAGAAUAUAAUUUAAUACGUCUUUACAAGAGAUGUCCACAUAGACAUUGCACAUUCCAUCUGAGGACCAAAGUGGUUCUUAGACAAUACUUUUAAACAAGGUAACACAUGAUAUUUGGUCUGUAUUUUCUCUUGGACCGGUGCUGCAGAUGUUGCGUUAUCUUUGUAUUCACAUGUUCUUAAACCAAUCUAUGUUGGGUCCAAGCUUCUCAGUAGGAUGGCUGGGGACAUCAGGUAUGUUUCCAUCGUCUCGAACAGGAACUGGAGG